GACUUUUGACGUGACGUCUACGUUUUCGAUUGUCGACCGCUCAUUACCGCUAGGCAGCCGAUAUGCACUCCUUCCAACUCAUUAAAAUUCACGUAGUGUAGACUAUUUUUCUUAAAAAUAAUAAACUAUAAAAAAGCAACGUGUCGGGUUGCGAAUAAAUACAGGUGUGCGGAUAAAGUGCAUAAGAUGUGUUAGCCAUAAAAGUUGUAAAAACAUCGGUGCGAUAUCCACAUUUUGGAUCCGGAAACCUAGUUCCAAUAUUCGCAUACUUUUUUAUCUCUUGUUUUAAUUUAAUCAUUCUUCUGUGAUAAUUGCCGUAAAUAGCAGUUAAACUCAGUUUAUUGUGGUCUGUUGUUAAUAAUAUAGUCGUCGCGAGUUUUUCCUAUCACUCGAUCAGAGCGACCUUUAAGAAACCAGCGUGUACGAAUUGAUAUGUGGCAGUGAAGUGUAGAAAUAAACAUGUUUAGAAGCAAGAUAAGGAUUCACACAUGCAGAAUAAUCUUGCUGACAUCUUUAGUGUGGUUGUUAGUGGAUGUGGCUUUACUGACUUUGUACUCUGACUGUAUUGGUGACGGCUGGGAUUGCAAUAAAAAUAAAAAUGCAGACUUCGUUGCACCGGACAACACGCACAAAGAAGAGUACAGAGGCAAGAAAGCCGCUAUAGCGGCAGCGCUCAAAUCGGAACGAGAGGACGUGAUAGAAGAUGCCAACGCAGAACGUGACGAAGAUGUUGGUGAAGAUGGACUGCUUCUUCCUCCGUAUUCUAAGUCCAGGCUUAAGCGGUGGGAGAAGGCACCCCCGGUGCUACCCCAUGGGGACUCGCCUGGCGAACUGGGUAAACCGGUGAACAUCCCCAUCGAACAAGAGAAGCUUAUGCUGGAAAAGUUCCAGGAAAACCAGUUCAACUUGAUGGCUAGCGACAUGAUCUCACUUAAUCGAUCGCUUACGGACGUCCGGUUUGAGAAAUGCAAAGAGAAGGGUUACCCAGCGCUUCUCCCGACCACCAGCGUGGUUAUAGUAUUCCACAACGAAGCUUGGACUACUCUCAUCAGAACCAUCUGGAGUACGAUCAAUCGUUCGCCGAGGCCGCUGCUCAAGGAAAUCAUUCUAGUCGAUGAUGCUAGCGAGAAAGAACAUCUCGGCAAGAAACUGGAAGACUACAUAAAGACACUGCCGGUACCGACGCAUCUGUUCAGAACGGAGAAACGGUCCGGUCUCAUCCGAGCGCGUCUGCUCGGCGCGAAACACGUCAAGGGUGACGUCAUCACCUUCCUCGAUGCCCACUGUGAAUGCACUGGUAAAACCUCCUUCGCCAUCGACCGCGAGUACUUCUACAAGAUCGGCUCCCAAGCGACCAGGGCAUGGACAUCUGGGGCGGGGGAGAACUUGGAGAUGAGCUUCCGCAUCGUGUGGAUGUGCGGUGGCACGCUGGAGAUCGCACCGUGCUCGCACGUGGGCCACGUGUUCCGCAAGACUACCCCCUACUCGUUCCCGGGAGGCACCGGGCGGGUCGUCAACCACAACAACGCGAGGCUCGCUGAAGUGUGGCUCGACGACUGGAAGCAUUUCUACUAUAACAUCAACCCAGGGGCGCUCAAUGUUCCCGUGGGCGACGUGAGCGAACGAAAGGCGUUGCGGGAGAAACUGAAGUGCAAGAGCUUCCGAUGGUACCUGGAGAAUAUCUACCCGGAGAGCCAAAUGCCACUCGACUAUUACUACCUUGGAGAGAUACGGAACGCGGAGACGUCCAACUGUCUGGACACGCUCGGGGAAACGGGGCAACCGCUCGGUAUGGGAUACUGCCACGGAAUGGGGGGCAACCAGGUGUUCGCAUACACGAAGCGUAAGCAAGUGAUGUCGGAUGACAACUGUCUCGACGCUGCGCACCCCCACGGGCCUAUCAAACUGAUCCGCUGCCACGGCAUGCGAGGGAACCAGGAGUGGACUUAUGACUCCAAGACGCGAACGAUAAAGCACAGCAACACGGGCAUGUGUCUCGACAAGCCCGAGUCCUCGGACGUGUGGAAACCUGUCCUGCGGCCCUGCAACCGGUCCCGGGGGCAACAGUGGCUCAUGCAGGUCGACUUCAAGUGGCAGGCGCGCCACAAGCAGGACAGCUAGUCCGCGCAGAAUCAACAACUAUAGACCAUAACAGUCUUCCCCUCUCGUUAGAUAUCAGAUUUUAUUCCUUAUUCCUAUAUCUGAAGUUUUAUAUCUAUUAGACGUAUUGACAUUAUAGUGAAGUCCUGUGAAUUGUUGACAAUACAUAAUGUAUUCUGUAAAGUUGUAUUCCCUAUAAAUAUUGCUCAAACUUAUGUAUUCGUUUGGUGUGUAGAGUUAUUUUUGUAUUGUUUGAAUUUUAUAUGACUUUUGUAAAUCAGGGAUGUUUUAAAUUUUAUUUGCGAAGCGUUUCAAAACGAGUUCGGUGAGAGAGUGUUCAUAAACUAGGAUAUCUGUUGACAACCAAUAUUUUAUAGUAAAUCUGACAAUACUUAUUUUAUAAAAUAAAACUAUGGAAACGGAUUAGGUCGCGUAUAAUGAAUUUUCAAUUCAUAUCGACGUUUCGAACACUUAAUUUACAGCAUUCAUGGUUAACGGGUGACACCCUUCGUGGUUAACAGGUGAUUCAUUAUACGCGAGAUAAUCAUGAGUAUCUAUCGCGAUAACCGAAGACAAUAUUAAAUACUUAUAUUACUUCUUACUUAAUACGGAUUUGCAGUCACCAGCAUGUGUUACACUAAUGAAGGUCGCAAAAAUAUCUGACACGGUCUUAUUGGUAGAGCUACAAGAGCGUGUCACGUAUUUUCUCGACCUUCGUAGUAAGUACUCAUAUUGUUGCUGGUGACUGAACCGUUUUUAUUUUACAAACAUCUUAAUUUUUAGGUACCUAUUUGUUUCUUCGCGAGUUUUGGUUGUCAACAGCCAAUACUUAUUUGCUUAACCUUCUGUAUGUUUUCGAAGUAAUAGUCGCCAUCAGAGAUAUUGAAAGAGGCUAAGGUGCUCCCAAAUAUCUGAGCAAAGCCUCUAUCAUCAAUAUCUUUGAACACUUAAAUUUCUUGAGCACUUUGUCUGCGAUAUGUUUGAUGAAGACAAUACCAUCAUAAAUACAUUGUCCAAUGUCGUGUAGAGAAACUAAAGCGUCUACAAAGACGCUAAAAGAUGACUUUCAGUACUCUGAGUUAACUGAAAUGAAUCAGGUCAAUAUACAGAUGUAGUGCGAAAAGAUUUGCCAUCGUACUGUUACGGAAAUGUACGAACGUGUCAUGCUAUUUCAGUCAGUCUCAGUACAAGAUGUACUGACGUUGACUGAACUAGCAUGACAAAUACGAAAGUUUCCGGAAAAUACGAAGGAACCCCUUUCCGCACUACAUCUGUACUUAUGAAAGAGACGAAAGGUUAAAGCAGUCGAUAUGUAAGCAUACCCAAGGAUCGAUAAAGAUAUAAAAGUUUUCAAAUGUGCCCCUAUAGUUAUAAUAAAAAAAAUGAUUGAAAUUAUCUUUGAAUCUGAAUGAUACUCUCUUCCAUGACCAAUUUCGCGCGAGCUCACAAUCUAGUAUUCUAAUGGACUUUAUACAAUUUAUAUUUGUAUUGUUUAGUCGGCAAUGUUUUUAUUAGUAUAACGUUGUUACGCUGGUGUUCUUAUCUAAGAGUGACGUAUAAAUAUUAUUAAAAUAUCUAGUAAAUAUAAGAGGCACGGGCUAAGACAUUAUAUAAAAUGAUAAGUCACAACAAAAGGUGCGAUAUAUCUUGUUUUGCGAAUAUUAAUCGAAGAACUUUUUGUACUGGUUUUAAAUAUGAUGCUACAAACCAAGUGGCGAAUGCCAUUCUUUUUAGGUUAGUCACCUUUUGUUGUGAGAUGAGUAUAUUCCCAUCACUUUUUGACACAAACUUUAUAUCAAAAAACAUAAUUUCAUUUGACUUUCAAGAGUUUGGUUAUUUUUUAAAGCACGUUAAACAGUGUACAUAGUAUUGAGACAGACAUAUUUGUUUUUGCAAAACCGACAACUAUGAAAGUAGUGGGAGUAUACCUUUUAUUACAUGUCACAGAUACGUUUGACUUGUUUUAGGUUACAAUUAUUUUCACAGAGCGGUGCUAACGACUUUGCCACUAAGUAUAAAUUAUCUGUAUAUUUUAUUAACUUGGUUAGGCCGGCUGGGCACGCAAUUUGUGCCAUAUCUUAUGCCAGACAGCCUAGUUUUGCCACCUAUAAUCUUUUUAGAAAAAUGUAUAACUUUAGCAAGUAAAAUAGACUUUUGACCAUCAUAAUUCCACAUCUAAAGACUAUAUUUUUAUUUUAGUGAUUCAACUUAUACCCAUUUUACGAGGAAAUGAGUUUUGUAUCUGAGAAGGAAUUGUUAUACAAUAUUAUAGGACGUCUGACUGUUAUGUAGUGACUUGUUUUGUUUAUUAGGAUCACUGUUAUACUAUUACUGCCAUGUUUUAUAAAAAUGGGAAAUUUACGUGGAAUGAGGAGGUACACUGACAUUGUAUCCCCCCAGGCGGCGCCUGUGCUAGUGCCUAGGCAUGUCACUGUCAUUCAUAUGGGAGAGAGAAAAAAAAUCAUCUCGCUCUCAUGUAUGAAAUUCUUUAUCUGUUCAAUGGACUAAUAAGGUGGCGCCAUCUGUCAUAACCUUUGAGUGUGCCUCCUCAUUGUAUGGUUAUUUUGUAUCUUGAACAUCAUCACUUUAUACUCGAGUGUGUUGUGUUGUGAUACACGUCUCACAAAGUGUGCAUCAAUAACUCGUAGGUAUUUCGUGUGUGAGAUUACUGUAGGUAAGGUUAGAGAAAUCGCCGUGCAUUGCGACCAGAUCCCGCAUUUUAUGUAUUCUAACUUUUAUAUCGUGAGAGUAAGAGUUUACUGUGUCUUGCAGGUAAAUAUUUCAAAAGUAAGGAUAGGCCCGUUCAUAUAAACUUAACCAAGCAUUCUCGUUUGAUGUGCCUCAGUGCAAUACCACAACGCGAUUGAUCGCAAGUAUCGCAACUAGUUACUUUGGACCAUUCUUCGGGCCCGUCUUUACAAAGUAAUGUAUAGUGUCAAUACUUGCGGGAGAUGUGCGAAAAGCACGUGUGAUGAGAUUAUGUUCUAAAUUUGAUUGGAAGUUGCCUUGUUUUCAUUAGGUCUCAAAUAAAUUCACCUUAUCGGAUAUCGAAGUUUGUAUAAAUAUUUUAAAGCAUAUCGUAUUUAGGGCUUGAUGAAUUGGCGCCGUUAUAUUUUCUUAAAUAACGUAGGCAUUUCUAUCGUAGCGUAGCGUAAACGUAGAUAUUCCUCGUACCGUUUAAUAAAAAUAUUUUAUCAAAAUCGGGCCCCUAACAACGAAAAUAAUUAAGUUUUUUAUUGAUUGUAUUAUAUUAGGAAUAGUAAUAUAAAUAUAUUUGUUCCAUUUCGCUUUUAAACUUAGCUAAGUAACGGCCAACCGGGGGCCAUAUUGUCCUCUCUUUGCCGAAUUAUAUUUAAUAUUGUAUUAUGCAUUUUAUUCAUGUCCAAUUAAUAUUUAUUUUAGUAUGUAGCAUCACAGAGUGAGUAUGUAUAUUUUUGUGGAAAAUACACGUUUUUGAAGUUGCUCAGCACCAGUCGGUGGUAGAUUAAAUUUAACCCACAGCGAAAUUCGCGCGUAUGAUUUGUUUUGUUGAUAGAUUUCAAUAUGUUGUAGAUAUUUUUUUUCCAAAUAGUAAAAUUCGAAAUUUACUGAUUUUUACAGAGCGUAUGUGGCAUUCUGACAGAUAAAGGACUUUGUGCUUCUUCUGCAAUUAGGUUCUUUUUAUCAGAAGUUAUCUUUGUAUUUUAGACGAAAAUUGCAUUUGAAGGAUGAAGUGGUUUGAGUAUGGGAAGUCACAUGAUUUCUGUUUGAUGAAUUAACAUAUCUGUUUUGGUUUAUUUUUGAACUAGAACUAGACAUUAAAGUUAUUGAAUAUCUGCAUUGACACAUGCACUCGAUGAGAUAAAAUUUGAGAUUUAUUACGUUUAAACAAUUAAAUUUUAAACUGAAUAGUUAUUUAUUAUGUACGCAACAUUACGGAGUCGAUAAUAUUUUGUUAUUCAUACCCUGUGUUGUUUUUUAAGCAUAAAUAUUAUGUAGAUAUUAUAUAGACGAGAUUGUAUUUUUUUUUUGUAAAUAAUUUGUUUUAUGUGGAAUUGUCCUAUUGUGAAACUAUUCAUUAGGCAGCUGUCCCAUAUUUGGGUGACGACACAGUGAUUCGUUAUUCAACAUAUUCUUAUUAUACCCUGCUCUUUCCCUCUCGAUUUGACGUGGCAAGGAUAAGAGACAACAUUAUGACAUCAGUCGGUAUUGAAGUAGCUAUAGGCCACCUAUAUUUCUUCCUCUUCUAUUUUUUAUUCAUAUUUCGCUGAUCGAAGCCUGUGGGUCAGUUGCCUCGGUGUAGACCAACAUACACUGUUAAGAAAGCAUUUAUUUGUCGUCGAUAUAACUACUGGAAAUUACACGAUAAAAUGCAUUUAAAAAUAUAAUUUUAUCGGACACGCUAGAAUUUAUAUUUAAAUAAAAUAAAUGCGGGAAAAUUACCAGUAACUUAAGGGCGUCCGCAGACUGGCGCGGGUAAAACGUGUUAUGGAAAAAAUAGUGUACUUUAAAGUUUUCAUAUAAAAUUGUAACAAAUACUUCCUUAAAAAGAAUAAGUAUAAUGACCCUUUAAGCGUAAACUGUACCUACAAUGGCAUCAGUGUGCGCCCGCGCCAUCUUGCGAACACUCUAAAGCAAUAGCCGUCAUAUCUAAAAACGGAAUCUCAUUUAAUUCACAAAUAUGAUAUGUUAAGUGCCAAAUUCGCCGUUUAUUUUAAAUGUAAUAAUUGUGUAUGACCCGCGAACACCAUUCCAACUGACGAUAACUAAACUUAUAUUGUGAGUAUUGAAUAUUAAAUAUUUGGACUGAAUUUUA